GGAACAUAGUCGUUUGCUUGCCAUUUGUCCUGCUUUUGCGAGAAAUUUUAAAUAAAAAUAACGCUUUGAUAAUGUUUAGACUCUAGAGCGUUUUGUUCCAUCUGUACAUAUACACUGAAGUAUUUUUGUAAAUGUUAUUUUAUCGAUUUUUGUUUUUUACAAAACAAAUAAAGAAAAUUUACAUACUUGUAUUUACAGAUCACAUAUGCAGGUAUGAAUGUGGGACUGCUACAACGAUUGAAUACAAUAUAUUUCCAAAUAAUAUUUAAAUUGACUUAAAUAAAUGAGCAUGCUGGGAUUUGUUUACUUGGUCUUAAUAUUAGGUUGGAUAUUGAUUGUUCUAUUUUUGAAGUGUAAGAAAUCGAUUACACCUCAUAUUGGCUUAACAGAUAAUUACACAGAUGCUAUUGGAUCGGACCAACGUCGACCCUCUGUCCAUGUAAUACAACUGCAACGCGAUGAUUUAGAUAAUGAGGAUCAGUCAAUCGAUGCUUAUCAGCAACGAAGCAGUAGUUUAAGGCGCCAAUCUCAGCGCAUACCUUUAUCAGCUAUAGGUGAACGUAAUAUUGAAACCACAUAUCCUACAGAAGCUGUUGUUAAUCCAGCCUAUAUUCAUGAUGAAGAAUACAUUAUCAAUGCUCCUCCUCCAUCUUACGAUGAAGUCAUGAGGCAGCCGGAGAUUUAUCCAAAGGUCACUAAUAAAAUCUCCAGUGUAAAUAUUUGAUCUCAAAUGGCAGUCAAGAAUAUUUUCAUUUAAAUUUUUGUAAUUUCUGGAAAUUACAUCUGUGAUCUAUCAUAGCCCAAAUACGGUACAUGAUUUGAAAAGAUGGAUUACCACGCAGCUGAAACUGGACGGCGAAAUUCAGUGUUAUCCUACUUUAAAUAACAUAAACGC